CCAGAUCUCUCACAUUUCCUCUUUCCCCUUCACACAUCUCUUCCUAUCCCAUCUCUCCCUAUAAAUCCUUUUAUACAUAUAAAAGCUUCCUCUUUCAAAUUCUUACCGCUCUAAUUCCUCCGCUACUAAUUUCUUAUUCAAUUAACCAACACACAGACGAUCCUCUAUCAAUUUCUCAUCCAAAAGGUAUUCUGAGGAGGCGGUAAAGAGGGUUCAGAGAAGAAGGAUCUACUGAAAACUAGUGAUUUGAUGGCAGAUCCUCAAGGGUCGGAAGGGAAACAACCUGUGGAUCCCUCCAAGCAUCCAUCUGGAAUUGUUCCAACACUCCAGAAUAUUGUGUCGACUGUCAAUUUGGACUGCAAGUUGGAUCUUAAAGCUAUUGCAUUGCAAGCUCGUAAUGCAGAAUAUAACCCCAAGCGUUUUGCUGCAGUGAUCAUGAGGAUUAGAGAACCCAAAACAACGGCACUAAUUUUUGCUUCUGGAAAGAUGGUUUGUACAGGAGCCAAGAGUGAACAACAGUCAAAAUUGGCAGCUCGGAAGUAUGCUAGAAUUAUUCAAAAGCUUGGUUUUCCAGCGAAAUUUAAGGACUUCAAGAUUCAAAAUAUAGUUGGCUCAUGUGAUGUCCAAUUUCCUAUUAGACUUGAAGGUCUUGCAUAUGCUCAUGGUGCCUUUUCAAGUUAUGAACCAGAACUGUUCCCUGGAUUAAUAUAUCGCAUGAAACAACCCAAGAUUGUGCUGCUAAUUUUUGUCUCCGGGAAGAUUGUUCUCACAGGAGCAAAGGUCCGAGACGAGACAUAUACUGCAUUUGAGAAUAUAUACCCUGUUCUGACUGAGUUCCGUAAAGUCCAGCAAUGAUCUAUUGAGAAGAUUGACGUCAUACCUGAAUGAUUGCGUGGAGAGUAUGUGGCAUUGCCUCUAUUGGCAUGGGCUAUAACUUAUAAAUAUUCAGGGGAUUAGUAAUCAGCUCUUGUGGGAAUUCAGAUAUAUUAUAAUUAUAAUGAGGUCUUGUUCAAUCCCCCGUCUAUGAAAUCAGUGUAUAAGUGCACGCUGGAUCUGGGAUAUGGAUCAAGUUGUAAAAGCUAACAAACUCCCUAGUAAUUUUUAACUUCUUACUUUAAGCUUAAAUAAUGUGAGAAGAUUUGAACACCCAUUCUUGUUAUGCAUGUUUUGGUGGUUUUAUCUUCGAGUGUACCACAUAAACAGAAUGGGUUAGUUUUGUUGUUGUGAUGUGAAAAAGUUGUGCACACUUCUUGA